CCCUACAUAUGGGCAAAAUUGGCUUGGAUCAGUUGGAACGGUUCUCUUGUAAGUACAAACUUUGACCAUUUUAUGUCACCACAGAUGAAAUUGAAGCUACUAAAGUCUGUUGACAAGCUAACUCAAAUUUCUUUUUUUCUGUUUGGUAGAGUAAUGGGCGAGAAAUAUUCUGAAAAAAAACAAUUCCGAAAAAUCUUCAGAAUUAAACAAAAAACUAAAAAAUAAUCGGACGGGUAGCUAUUGUUACAGUAAACGCCACAACAGAUCUUUUAGGCUUGUAUUUAAUUGUUCAGUAUUUCUUGUUCGGUAAAAAAUUAUUUUUUGUUCAGUGCAGAGAUGCACAAGUCAAGUCAAGUCAUUUUUGACUUGCUUGACUUGAUUUGAAAUUUUUUUAUAAUGACUUGCGACUUGACUUUGACUUGUGGAAGGAAAGGGUGUGGGUGUCGGAUAUGGCAUUUCGUUUGUUGCUUUUUCAUGUUUACACAUCCACACCGACACCCGCACCCUUCUGUAGUCAUUUUUAGCUAAAUAAAAUGAAGUGAUUGAAGAAUCACUUUUCGAUUUAAAACAAAAAAUCCGUCCGCAAAAGGUUAAUAUUAAAAAUGUAUAUUGAAUAGAAAAUAAAUGCUUUUGUCUUGGUGACAUUGUGUAUUAACAAGUAUUUUUCGUUGAUCACGACCGAAUGAUUAUUUUUUUUUUAAUGUUAAUUGUAGCUCAAUAUUGAUGAUAUAAACAAAAAUUAUUUACCUGUGUAGAAGAUUGUUUUGGCUUUUGUUUUUGAAUUAAUAUUGAUUGUUAACUUUUUUUUCUAGAUAAUAUUUCAUCGAAUGAACCACAUAUUGGUAGUGAAUUAAUAUGACAAUAAGAUAAGUUGAAAAGUAAAGAUUCAAAAUGUUUUGAAAGAUAUAGAUUUAUAAUAAGAAUAAAAUUAUUCAAGACAUUAUUAAGUGAAGAGGAAAUUGAACAGAGUAACAAGUGUUACUGUAAUAUUAUUCACAGUCAAAAUAUCUUAAUACUCGAUAGUAUUACUUAAGGCUUACCAUGAGGGAUGUUAUGAACUAUAGUUAACAUAUUUGAGAAGUUUCUAUUUAUUCAAAACUUAAUUAAAACGAGAUUUAUUUAAAGAAGAGACUGGAGAGUUUUGGAAAGAAAUGAAUUGUUUUCAAGGAGAAAAGUGCAGGUUUAGAACCGUCAGCAUCUUUGAGUACUGCACUUACCCUCUUGAGCAGAUCAAAGUUCACUGAAACUCAACACUGUUACAUGUUUUUUUCUGUUAUUCUAUGCAUUGCUUCAUUAUUCAUCGUGCUUGAAGUGAUGAACUCAACUACCAGAAAUGAUCGAUUCCACAGUUUCAAGGAUUUGAUUGCAAGCAAAAUCUAGACACAGCAUAGAUUCAGAGGAUGCCGGGGUCUCAUGAUUUAAUUGAUGAUCAAGAACAAUCGACAAUGACUUCUUAUGACAAUGUGAAAAUUGCAAAUAGAUUGACCGACAUCGAAACUUAUCUCAUCAUUUCUAGUCGUAAAAUAUGAAGUUUGACAUGCAUUCUGAUUUUUGUCUCAUUUAAUUGCACAACUUUUUAAAAUUGCUGAUGAUUGCAUUGAAUAAAGAAUGAAUAUGUCAUUGUGUGACAAAAAUUUGUUGUCCACAUUUUUUAUCAAGUAAAUGAUUUGUAACUAUGUUAAGCUGAACAUCAUUUCACAGAUGUCCAUACAAAAGAAAAAAAAUGAGUCGAAAACAUAUUGAGACACCUGAUAAAUUAUGUUGGGUGAAGUGAAAUUCAAUGAAAACUUUAUAAAAGUAUGACUGCAUGAUGACGUUUGCAUAACCAAUAGUAUAGAUUUUGUUUUUUCAUCUUAGACAAUAUUUAAAACGGAAAAGAUUUCAAUCAAUUGAUUCUUCAAAGCAAAAUUUUGAUAUUUGAUACUCAUUGCUUAUUAAUAAAAAAAAGAAAAAAGGUCAUAGUUCUGAUUGUUAUUUUCAUUCAUUUGUUUUGUAAAUCAUCUCUUUAAUCUUUUUAUCAAGGUGUUUUGUAAUACAUGUAAUACAUAUACAAAUAUCAGAUUUUAUUAUCUUUUUUUUGUACUUCGCUAUUCACACACAACGAUAGAUUCAAAUGAGAAUAAUGACAAUUCUUUUCUUAGUAUUGUCCUUGAUUUUAUCUACUGCAUCAUCCUCUUAUAUUCCACCUAAAAUUACUGUUCGUCGUUUAUCAUUCAAUCCGAUUAUCUCAUUCUGGCAUAAUCAAUCUCAAUUUCGAUUCAAUUAUAAUAGUGCCUUUAUUCCACUUCCUGAUGACAGUAUUGCUCUUGUUGUUCGUGUACAAGAUUUAUUACCAAAUGCCACAUCAAAUUAUGAUGUUGGUCCAUCAAAAUUAGCUCUUGUACGACAACUCGAUAGUAAAGAGAAUAAAUUUGAAUACGUACAUAGUGAACAAAUUAUUAUCGAUUCAGAAGAUCGACCAUAUCAAGUAGCUGGUGUCGAAGAUCCUCGAAUUGUUGUUGUUAAUGGUACUUAUUAUCUAUUUUAUACAGCAGUUUAUUGGACUCCUUCACAUGAAUGGAGUGCUCAUGCUGCAUUGGCUACUUGUGCAUCAGAUAAAGAUCCAUCAAAAAAAGACAAUUGGAUUUUACAUCCACCUUUGUUUCCUGAAUUGUCAUGGAGUAAAGCAGCAACAAUACUCGUACAUAAUGCAACACAUCAAUAUCUCUUCUUUAAUGAAUCAAAUAUUGAAUUAGCAUUAGCAACAACAAGUGAUUUACUUCAUUAUAAAUAUACAAGACGAUCAUUUAUUGAAAAACGUGUCGAUUAUUUUGAUAGUGAAUUAGUCGAACCUGGACCUGAACCACGUCGUUUAAGUGAUGGAAAUUAUCUUUUUUUGUACAAUUCAGCAAGACGUUUACCUUUACCAAUAAAUCAUUUGAAACCAGAUUGGGAUCGUGAAUAUAAUUUAGGAUGGGUAAUCAUGGAUGGUAAUGAUCCAACAAAAAUUCUUGCUCGAAGUGAUCAACCGAUACUAACACCUGAACUCGACUGGGAACGAUGUGAUUUGACAUCAAAUAAAUGGGCUGAAAGAGGUCUUACACCACAAGUUGUUUUUGCUGAAGGUUGGAAACAGAUAUCCAUCGAUCAAUUUACAUUGUGGUAUCAAGGAUGUGAUGCAGUUACUGGAGUAGCACAAGUUACAGUUGAAUUUUGA